UCCUCCUCUUUCUUUACCACUCCACUGCUCUAUUCUUCUUUCAUUGCUAACCCCCCCAACUUUCUCUUCCACAAUAAGUGUUCUUCUUUCAAAUCACAAGAACCUGUCAAAAUGAGGACUCUGUGCACCAACUUGGAUAGAGAAGAUGGACUAGAAACUGUGCUCGAAGUCCCCAUCCCUGAAGAAAUGUUUGCUUCCCAUAAGAACAGGUCAUGGCAUAACAUGAAAUCUUGGGUUAAGUCUCACACUCAUGACAAGUCUGCUGAUUCCAUUUUCGGCGGCCGUAAUGCUGAAAUUCAGCUCUUGCUUGGCGUUGUUGGAGCCCCUUUGAUCCCUCAUCCCAUCCGCUGUGACCACUCUCUCAACAAAAAGAUCAAUGAUCAUCCCAUUGAGGCUUCAAUGGCCAAGUAUAUCGUACAACAGUACAUAGCUGCUGCAGGAGGAGAACAUGCUCUGAAUUCAAUUGACAGCAUGUAUGCUAUGGGAAAGGUAAAAAUGUUAGCGUCAGAAUUUAUAGCGGGAGACGGCAUGGGGUUGAACAAUAAUGGCAAGGUGAUGAAGAAUAUCAAGAGCGUGAAAAAUGGGCCAGGGGAAAUGGGAGGAUUUGUGUUGUGGCAGAAAAGACCUGAUCUUUGGAGCAUAGAGCUAGUCAUUUCAGGGUGUAAAAUCAGUGCUGGAAGUGAUGGUAAGGUGGCCUGGAGACAAACUCCAUGGCACCAUUCUCAUGCCUCUCGUGGUCCUGCUAGGCCUCUUCGUCGUUCCUUACAGGGUCUUGAUCCAAGGUCCACUGCUAAUUUAUUCUCCAACUCCAUAUGUGUCGGAGAGAAGACCGUAAAUGGGGAAGACUGCUUUAUAUUAAAGCUUGAAGCAGAUCCUUCAACUCUGAAAGCAAGAAGCAGCAGCAAUGUAGAGAUUAUGAGGCACACCGUUUACGGAUACUUCAGCCAAAGAACAGGCCUUUUAAUAAAUCUAGAGGACACUCAUCUUCUAAGAAUAAAAGCCCCUGGAAAUGAUGUAUUCUGGGAAACAACAAUGGAGUCAUUAAUUCAAGAUUAUCGAACACUUAACGGGGUUAACUUCGCACAUGGCGGCAGGACAUCAGUUUCUCUAUUCAGGUUUGGCGAGAACUCAGAAGGACACACCAGAACAAAGAUGGAAGAAGUCUGGACCAUUGAAGAAGUCGACUUCAACAUAAAGGGACUCUCUAUGGACUGUUUCUUGCCACCUAGUGACUUGAAGAAAGAAGAUGAAGCAUGUGGGAUAGUCAUGAAUCAUGACGCGAUGAAAAAGAAUUCGAGGCUGGCAUUUAAGAUUCAUGCCAACACUCCUAAAUUGAUAGCUUCUGGGAAAGCUGUAACGGUUGCCAAAAUCGUGGCUAUUGAUGAAGAAGAUUCAGAAGAAUAUGAACCAGAUGAAGACUUGUAAAAUUUAGCAGUUGUAUUUGAUAUCCUGUGGUCAUUUUUGUACAUAGAGCACCACUGGAUAUGUCUAUGUAUAAAGUAUUUAUAUACAUAUACACAUCUUGAUUACUCAACUUGAAGGUUGGUUUCUUACA